CAUUGAUCUACAUGACUAUUAAUCUCUGUAAGCUACUUUUAUGUCACAUAAGCCAAAUCCUAUGCGCUUUAUUACCAGAAGCAAUCAACCAAGGCAGCAGGAAUUAUAUUACCGCUGCUGCUCCUUCAAUUCCGAACAAACCAGCAAUUCCAUAUCCUGUAGAUACCUCUGUUGGUCCAUUGCUUCGUUAUCAAAAGUCGCUUCCAAGGCUUCUUGUUCCUGCACUCUCCGAGACUUUGGAAAAAUAUCUUAAGAGUGUCCGAGCACUUACUAACGAAGAAGAAUACGCAAAAACACAAGCUAUUGUUACAGAAUUUCAGAAACCUGGUGGAAUUGGUGAAGAAUUACACAAAAGACUCUUGGAAAAAGCAAAUAAUCCUAAUGUAAUUAAUUGGCUUGAGGAUUGGUGGAACGAGACUGCAUAUUUCGGUUAUAGGGAUCCGAUCGUCGUCAAU